AUGGCCAAGGCUGGCUCUUCUCCUGCCCGUAAAAAGCCUUCUUCUUUUAAAAAGAAACCAGCUGAUGACUUCCAGAACCAGAGCCAGAUAUACGACAAGCUUCCAAACUCAGCUGAUUGUGUCAAUUAUCAUCUGGCGUGUAAUAAGGACGGCUAUCCAGAACAGCACUCUCCACCCAUCCAGCCACCACUCACUUUUCUGCCCCAGCACUCAUGCACUCAGAGCAACACGUUCACAUACCCUACACCACACGGGCCUAACACUUCAUACACCUUCCCUAAAGAACAACGCUGCAUUGAUGCUCUAUUUGAGAUGACACCAGCAAGUGACAUGGCACCCCAAAUCAUCACUGACUGUGGAAACUUCACACAGGACUUGGAUUAUGUGCCUCCCUCUGUAUAUGAUUGGUCACCAGAGCGUCAUGGCACCAUGAUAAACAGACUGUUAGUGGUGCCUGAUUUCUCCAUAACUGCAUUCCUGCUUCCUCUCCUUCUGCAUGAUACAAUAUCCAUCACUUUCAGCAACUCAAAAUUCAUCACAGGCUACCCUCAGUGUAUCUCUGGAAGCAAUAACUUGCUUUUAAUGAAGACCCACUAUCUAAUAUCUACAGGCUUGGAGAUAACAGACCCUGGCCAAGUGGCGUACAGAGAAAAAAGAAUCAGUGGAGUGGUGGAACAUGAGGUAACACUGGAAUGUGGCCACACCCUCCCUGAUGUGUACAUCUGGAGCUUCACUAAACCAGGCACUGAGACAAUUCGAGCCGUGGUGUAUAACUUUGGCAAGGGUCCAAAGCUGCAACAGCUGGCUCAGGACUUGGGUGACCUGAACAUCAUCAAUAACAAUGCCUCUCUGUUUACAAGGAAACUUCUUCUAGCUGCAGAGGGCUUGUACACCUGCCAAGCAUUGUAUGACAGUAUAGAGGGAGCAAGGCUUUACUACUACUAUAUCUUUCUGCGGGUUUUAGUUCCUGUGUCGAAUCCCCACAUUCGGUUGAGUGAUCCCUUAGCAGUUGAAGGCUCAUCAUUUUGGAUGCACUGUGAUCUGGAGAACGGCACAGAGCCCAUUCACUACAUAUGGGAACAGGAGAACCGCAGUGGGCAGGUCAGCAUACUGGCUGAGCGCAACAGCAGUCUGAUCACCAUUACUUCAGUUAACCGCAACCACACAGGAUGGUUCAGGUGCAUGGCCAGGAACGAGGUCAAUCAGCAGCGGAGUGACCAGAUCUGGCUAGACGUCUUAUAUGGUCCUGACAUGCCACAGAUCAGUGGCUCUGUCUACUCAGUAACAGAGGGGGGCUAUUCAGCACUGGAAAAAGGAAACGUUUCCCUCAUGUGUCAAGCUACUUCUAAACCUCUUAGCCAGUAUGUCUGGUUCUACAACAGCUCAGAGAUCUACUCUGGACCACAGCUUACCAUCACCAACAUCCUGCGAGUGCAUGCAGGAAACUACACUUGUCUGGCCCAGAACACUUAUAUCAACAACCAUGCACAGAAAACCAUCACUCUUACCAUCUACUGUGAGUAUCCACCAGAUGGUGUUCCUUCAUGUUCUAUUUUCUCAACAAACAACUACACUGACCUGGCUCUCUUCUGUUCCUGGGAAGGGGGUAUCCCUCCAGCUACCCUCAACUGGAGUCCAUAUGUGAAUGGACAGAACUCACCAGGUAUCGCUAACAUCACUCGGAUUCAGCCAGGCCCUGUGAUGGCUAACAACUCUGUAUUCACCUGCUAUGGCUCGCAUGUUGCACUAAAUAGCACACAAACCUGCAGCACCAGGACAUGUAAGUAUGAGCUCACUCAGCUCCAGCCAGAGGUCCAUGUGGUGCCCUCAUCUCCUGAGCCCCAGUGUGAGACCGAUGAAGUGGUCUAUCCAGCCAUGAUCCUGAAAGAGGUCAACGAGGCAAUCUCCCAGGCCAACGAGUUGGCCUACCAAGUCAUGUUCACAACUGAGGCUGACAAGGCUGCUUCCCAAGCCAUGUUCCUGCCAGAGGCUGACAGCAUGGCUUCCUAUGCUAUCUUCCUAUCUGAGGUCGACGGCAUGGCCUCCCAUGCCACAUUCCUGUUUGAGGUCGAUGGCAUGGCCUCCCAUGCCAUAUUCCUGUCCAAGGCCGAUGCCAUGGCCUCCCAUGCCAUGUUCCCAACUAAGGCUGAUGAGAGGGCCUACAAAGCCCUGUUCAAGCCUGAGGCUGACAAGAUGGCCCACCAAGCCAUGUUCUAUUCAGAGACUGACGAGACGGCCCACCAAGCCAUGUUCUGGUCAGAGGCCGACAAGAUGGCCCACCAAGCUUUGCUCAUGCCUGAGGCUGACAAAUCAGCCUCCCAAGCCAGGUUCCCACCUAAAGGAGCAUUCAAACAUACAGCGAUUCGCAGUGACAAAGCAACCAGAGACCAUUCAUUUUCAAUGAAAGCUGGUGACUUCCAUCAAUAUGAGCAACAGCGACCACUGGUGACUAGAUGUGGGUCCAGCGACUUUGAAAGAACGAGCAGCACCAAGCCGGAUAUUUCACCCAGGAAACACAGAGGCCACGGACAAAGAGCUGUGGUCCAGCUCCCGGUCACCAUCAAACAUAUAGUGAAUGACGCCCUGAUGUUGAUUCUCACUUACAGAGAUUUUGCUCAAUUGCAGCAAAAAGGCUGCCCUAUGGAGAACCUCAGUGCUCUGCCAAUUCCAGCGUUAAUAAUGAGUACCUGCUGCUGUCCUGCUCCUGGGAGGGUGGUGUCCCUCGGGCAUUGCGAGCAAGAAAUGUGUGGUAAUACUCGGUACGGACCACUCAAAAGAUGCUCAAAAACUGAAAUAUUGAUCACUAUCAUAACAAUUUCAAUAUUAGUACUAUAUGAAGAGAUUCAACACCACUUCUCCCUUACAGAGAAGCCAGUCUUGAUGCCUCAGCAGAGCGUGGUUUCUGUUUUUGAGGGCAAUGAUAUCCAGCUCACCUGCCUGCUGUAUAAAACUUACCCUCCAGUCACGAAGUUCAUGUGGUACAACAACUUAAGGCAGACUGUAGGAGACAAACCAAAGAAGUAUGUCAUUCAGCAAGCUGGAACCUGGUCCAACCUGACUGUACGUGAGACAGACAGCAAGGUGGACAGUGGACAGUACUGGUGCUCUGCUAGCAAUGCUCUUGGAGGAACAGAGAUUUCCAUUUUACUGCUGGUGAUGAGGUACCCAACACCUCCCAACGUGACCAUCAGUAAGAUCAUAUACAGUGGGCGUCAGAGGACAGAUGUCAACAUGGAGUGGUUGGUUCAGGAAUAUGGUGACAUCACUGGGUUCUUCAUUGAGUGUCAAAUGCUCAAUGUCCCUGAGAAGCGUGACGUUGUCCCUGUCUGGCAGAAAGUCACAGAAAAUCUACAACCCAGCACCCGCAGCUACCAGAUCACUAAUCUGGACCCCAGUACCAUGUAUGCAUUCCGUGUAACACCUGUCAAUCGCCGUACCUUUGGAUAUCCUUCCGAGAUCAAGAGCCCAGUGUCAACACCUGUGUCCAAACCCUACAUCCUGCUGAAUGACCCAUCACCUGUGGAAGGAGCAUCUGUGUGGAUGCACUGUAGUUUGGAUGUUGGAACUGAUCCUAUAAAGUACACAUGGGAGCAUGAGAGCCGCAGUGGGCUGGUCACCAUAUUAUCGAAGGGCAACAGCAGUUUGAUUAACAUCACCUCUGUGACCCGUAAUCACACAGGCUGGUUCAGGUGCCUGGCAAGGAAUGAGAUUAAUCAGCAGCGCAGUGACCGACUCUGGUUGGGUGUUAUAUUUGGUCCAGAUCUGCCACAGGUUGACGUGACACCCUACUCAGUAACAGAUCGAGGAUACUCAGCUCUGGAGAAAGAGACUGUUUCCCUUCUAUGUGAAGCCUCCUCUAACCCUCCCAGUCAAUACGUCUGGUUCUACAAUAACUCCCAGGUCUACACCGGACCACAGCUCACCAUCACCAAUAUCAUGCGAAUACACACAGGCUCCUACUCCUGUCUGGCCCAGAACACUUACCUAAACACUCGCUCCAAGAAAACCAUCACUCUCACUGUCUACUAUCCACCAGACGGCAGUCCAUCUUGUUCUAUUUUCCCAGUGAACAACUACACUGACUUGGCUCUGUCCUGUUCCUGGAAGGGAGGUUAUCCUGCACCUACCCUAAACUGGACUCCAUAUGUAAAUGGAGACAUCAGAGACAGUGUUGCUAACAUCACUCGGAUUCAGCCAGGGCCUGAGACGGCUAACAACUCUGUAUUCACCUGCUAUGGCUCACAUGUUGCGCUAAAUGUUGCCCAAACCUGUAUCACUAGAACUUGGCUGCCAUAUGGAGAACCCAAGUGUUCUGCAUAUGCGACUCGUAAUAAUGAGUACCUGAUGCUGUCCUGCUCCUGGGAGGGUGGCUUCCCUCGGGCUCUGCUGUGGUGGGCUUCUAGUUCAGGAGAUAUGCAAGGAACAUCUGAGGAGAAUUCCAACAUUCUGGUCCUGCGUUCCAGUGCCACCUACAGUGGCAAAGCAUUUGUUUGCCAUGCCAAACAUCCACUGGUUAAAGAGAGCAAGCAGUGCAUGUUAAAGUUAGAGGCACCAGUGUUGAUGACUCAGCGCAGUGUGGUUUCAGUGUAUGAAGGCAGUGAUGUCCAGUUGACCUGCGUCCUGAGUAAAAACUACCCAGUGGUCACAGAGAUCACCUGGUACAAUAACUUAAAGCAGAACGUUGGUGAGACACCCAAGAAAUACGUCCUGGAGCAAGCUGCCGCCUGGUUUAACCUGACCGUGAGGGAAACAGACAGUGAAGCAGACAGCGGACAGUACUGGUGCUCGGCUGCUAAUGCUGUCGGAGGAGCAGAGAUUCCCAUCUUGCUCCUAGUAAUGAGGUACCCAAUACCUCCAAAUGUGACCAUCAGUAAGAUCACAUACAGCAGCCAGCAGAGGACAGAUGUCAUGUUGGAGUGGUUGGUCCAGAGAGAUGGAGACCUCACUGGGUUCUUCAUUGAGCGUCAGAGGCUCCCUGUAGGCAAGACUGAUAUUGUUCCUCUUUGGCAGAAAGUGGUAGUAGAUCUGGAUCCAAGCACCCGCAGCUACCUGAUAACCAAUCUGGAUCCUAGUGGGAAAUAUGCAUUCCGCGUGACUGCUGUCAAUCACCGAACCACUGGACAUCCAUCAGAGGUCAAAAGCCCAGCAAAUCCACCCUUUAAAGCUUAUCCUGCUGUUAUUGGAGCAGCCAUUGGAGGCAUGCUUCUGGCAACAUUAUCUACAGUCCUGCUCUUCAUUUUUGUGCUGCGGAAUCGCAACAACAAUCCUCGUCUUCAUGACAUGAUAUUUGGCAGGCAUAACAGCCAGUCCAGAGAAAAUAUCAACUUCCCAGAGGAUGAGGUUGUUGGAGGAGCACAAGAUAAGGGUGGCAGAGGAGAGAUAAAGCCAGGUAGGUUUUUUUUUUUUUUUAACGCAGGAAUCGUUCUUUGCUUUCACUUCAGAAGUCCUAAUUUAAUAAUUCUUAACUUUUUCAGGACCAUCGAUGGCCCAGCCAAGAUCUGCUGCAAUGCUCACAGCCACCUCCCCUGACAACAACCAGGCAAAAUCCCCUUAACAGUGGUCUCUCAUAAUGCAAACCAAAUCUUCAAUCAUCUACUUUAUAUUAACUGACAAUGAAACCCAAAAAAUGCAAAAACUUUUCCUGCUUAAAGGGCUCUAUGACAGUAGGAAAGUAGUAGGUAACACAUUUUUAAUACAGUUCUUGCUACAUGUUUAAAACAUUUUUAAAUGUAUUUUAUACUAUAACUUUAAUGGCACUUUAAUAUCUCACUAGCAAAUUACAAUGUGCUUUACUAAUUACAACGCUAUAGGAGUUCAUAUACUACAGUCGAAUCUGGUUAUUUAACAUUUUUAUAACAGUCAGAGGUAAAGUUGUUGUUUUAAGUUUUCUGCCAUGGAAAAUCUUCAGGACAUAGGGAUUUGCAGUUUCCUGGUAGCAUGACAAGCUGCAUUUUUGUAUAAUUAACUUCUAGAGGAGAAAAAAGAUAGCCUGGUGAGGUGAACAACUG